AUGGCCUCUAGGUCUCUACUCCGCGAGGGGAAGGAGACCGAUUCGUACUAUAUGAUGUUCGACUCCUCGGACGAAGAGGAGGAGGGUGCCAUCGCCGAACCCCAGGAGAUCACAAAUGGCAUCUACCGGCAGCAGGACUUGUUCCAAGCCGCCCAACGAAAGCCUGGAGAGAGUUUUGGAACCGGCCUCUUCUUGUCGGAGCUCAAGGCUCCUCGUGGACUUAUUGGGGGGCCGCACUUCUAA